CCCGGCCCCGCCGCCCAGGGUCUCCCCGCCGCACGCCCGUCACACGCCCUCGCGGGGGUCUCCGGGGCAGCAGGGCGGGGAGGGAGGGAGGGAGGACGGGCCUACCGGGGGACCCUGCGCCGCGGCCCCCUGGCGCGCCCGCAGCUGAGCGGGGCGAGGCCUGCGUUGCCCAGGGUUGGUGCUCGGUGACCAUGGAGAAAGACCCACAACCUCGCAUUGCUCGGCCCUACAAAAUCAGUGAGUCUUCCAAGGUGUUCCGUUGGGCUGAGCACUCAAGCACUGUCCUACAGCGGCUCAAUGAGCAGCGCCUGCGUGGCCUCCUAUGCGAUGUGGUGCUGGUGGCAGAUGAGCAGCGCGUGCCAGCCCACCGCAGCCUGCUGGCUGUGUGUAGCGACUACUUCCACUCCAUGUUCACGCUGGGCAUGCGUGAGGCCUCCCAGGAGGAGGUAGAGCUGGUGGGCGCCUCGGCAGUGGGGCUGCAGGCUGUGGUGGACUUCUUGUAUGGUGGUGAGCUGGCCCUGGACGGAGCCAACAUCGCACUCGUGCUAGAGACAGCACACCUGCUGCAGGUGUGGCCGGCUGUGGACUUCUGUUGUGAGUACUUGGAGCAGGAGGUGAGUGAGGACAACUACCUGUGCCUGCAGCAGCUGGCCUCUCUCUACAGCCUCACAAGGCUGGACGCCUUCAUCGAUGGCUUCAUCCUGGGUCGCUUCGGCACGCUGUCCUUCACGCCUGACUUCCUACAGCGCGUUCCCCUGCAGAAGCUCUGCGCCUACCUGGGCAGCGGCGAGGUGCAGCGUGAGUGCGAGCAUGACCUGCUGCAGGCUGCCCUGCAGUGGCUGACACAGCACCCAGAGCGCGAGGCCCAUGCCCGCCACGUGCUGGAGCACAUUCACUUCCCGCUCAUCCCCAAGAAUGACCUGCUGCAGCGCGUCAAGCCGGCCGUGAGUGCGCUGCUGCCAAGGGAGGCGGACUGCGAGGACUUUAUCGAGGAGGCCCUACGCUACCACAACAGCCUCGCGGCACAGCCUGUGCUGCAGACCCGUCGCACGGCCCUGCGCACCACCCAGGAGCGCCUGCUCUUCGUGGGUGGCGAGGUAUCUGAGCGCUGCCUGGAGCUCAGCGACGACACCUGCUACCUGGACACGCAGAGCCAGCAAUGGGUGCGGGAAACGCCCAUGCCUGCCCGGCGCAGUCACCACUGUGUGGCUGUGCUGGGAGGCUUCAUCUUCAUUGCUGGGGGCAGUUUCUCACGAGACAAUGGUGGCGAUGCGGCAUCCAACCUUCUCUAUAGGUAUGACCCCCGCUGUAAACAGUGGAUCAAGGUGGCCUCCAUGAACCAGCGCCGUGUGGACUUCUACCUGGCCUCCAUUGGGGAUGUGCUGGUGGCUGUGGGCGGCCGCAACGAAAAUGGGGCGCUGUCUUCCGUCGAAAUAUACAGCCCCAAAACCGACUCCUGGGCCUACGUGGCGGGCUUGCCCAGGUUCACCUAUGGCCACGCAGGCACCAUCUACAAGGACUUCGUGUACAUCUCAGGGGGCCAUGACUACCAGAUUGGGCCGUACCGCAAGAACCUACUGUGCUAUGAUGUGCGCUCAGAUGUGUGGGAGGAGCGGCGGCCCAUGGGUACGGCCCGUGGCUGGCACAGCAUGUGUAGCCUGGAUGAGCGCAUCUACUGCAUCGGUGGCAGCGAUGAUAGUGUGGAAUCCAUGGAGCGCUUCGAUGUGCUGGGCGUGGAGGCCUAUAGCCCACACUGUGACCAGUGGAGCCGUGUGGCGCCCCUGCUGCUAGCCAACAGCGAGUCAGGCGUGGCCGUGUGGCAGGGCCGCAUCUACAUUUUGGGUGGCUAUAGCUGGGAGAACAGUGCCUUUUCCAAGGCAGUGCAGGUCUACGACCAUCAGACUGACCGCUGGAGCCGGGGCACCGACCUGCCCAAGGCCAUCGCUGGCGUGUCAGCUUGUGUCUGUGCCCUGCGGCCACAGCUAGAUGACAAGAAGAAGGGCAAGGGCAGGGGCAAGCGGCACCAGUGAUGGCCCCCUACCUUCCUCCUGGGCAGCCCCCGGGACUGUGAUGGACCAACAGCUACUUUUUUUUGUACUUUUCUGAUUCUUGACAUUUCUAUGAUAUUAGUCACUGAUUAAAAACUCUUUUAUCACUUUA